AUGGCAACGUCUCACAAUGAUUCAGCCAUGCUUGCUGAGAAAGAACACUAUCAACAUAAGCAUUCCGCGAUAGAUGACAUGUUUGGCGUUGAAAACCGGUCGGUGGAAAUGCUCAUAGAGGAGCUCAAAUCCGAAUCUUUGCUCCAGAUCUCCGACGAUUCAGAAAAUUCCAUUUCUAUGGACAAGUCUCCAACCAAGCCACUGAAUAUCUCAAGAAGCGAAAUCAGUCUACACAACGUGCUGGAUGACGAUGGUUUGCACAGGAGCGAUAGCAAACUGAAAGGACCUAGGAACCUCCAACAGACACAGAGCUCUCCAAUGGCAAAAGUCAAGGGUCUCAAAGUUUCGGCUACACCUUUAGUUUCGCCUUCCAAAAAAGUGCAGAUUGAUUUUAGUCCUCCCAAAGUGAUGGAAUAUGACCAGAUGACCAGUGAGGAAGAAAACACAUCCAGAUCCGGUGAUGAAAACGACACUUCUGAGUCUUCGGCUACUGAGCCAGUUCACCAAUGGGCUGCUUCUCCUUCGAGGCCGUUCUCAGAAAAAGGACUUCACGGAAAGCCGCUUCCUCCAAUAAGACCGUCUCCCUCAGACAUUUCUAUCAGGUCCAUGCCCAACAUGCGUUUCGAGAACUCGAUCAUGGCAUUGCACUCUCCUGAAAAGGUUUCCAACCAAUUUAAUUCUAGCGAUGAUUCAGGAGCUUCCGAAGAUGUUUCGAUGACUGCAGACGACCUUAUUUUCCAGCAAAAGAAGAUCCCAAUGGAACAGAGGCUCAGUGCCAUGCUUGAAAGCCCCAAGUCGAAAGAGGUGCUAAAUUUUGAUAACGACAACUACUUAGAAGACGAGCGUCUUGGACUUUUACGCCAGAAAUCUGAUGUGAGGAGGAACAAGAAAGGGAGAGAAACGUACUUGGAUGAUGUCCUUCUUCAUAAGAUCAAGAUUGAUGACGAGAACCAGGAACUUGGUCCCGAAGAUCUCGGGGAUCUUUACGAACCCGAUGUGAGGAAUACGAAGGGAAACCAGUUGACUCUUUGUCUGGAAAAGACUACCAGCCACCAAUCUCAGGCAUCCAUGCUCUCCACGGAACGCAAUCUGGAGACGACGGACGGUGGUUCCGUUGCUAAACCAAUUUCGCUGAAAGACGGAAUGAAAGGAUUUUCAGACGAGCUACUCCUGGAACUGGUACAAGCUCCUCAAAGUGCUCAAUCUUCUCAACAAGUGAAAGAGACCGUUGAAAUUGAUAAUGUCAAGCCUCUGGAGCCUCCGUUCUCUGGUCAAAUUUCAACCCCUCAGACGCAUGAGCGUAAAUCCUCGGUCUCCUCGGUUCUUUCUCCCAGUAAAGUGGGCCAGUUCUUCUAUGGAAUGGGCAAAAGUGUUUCCACGCGGUUCUCGGGAAAUGAAACGAAAGACACCGGUAAUGAGGCCGAUUUGUCUGGAAAUGGCAUUGCCCACACAGGCAAUGCUAGUCGCAAUGUCAGCAUCGCCACAGCUAACGAGUCCAUAGUGUCUCAGAGUGAAGCUGAUUCGGACUACAAAUCUGCCGAGGAAAACUUUUAUUCGUCGGAAGACGAAGAAUUUGGCCCGAUUAUUGCGAGUCGGAAUGCCAACUCCGACACCUCGGGCUUGACAAAAAGUAGCACACUUCAGGAUGUCUCCAAGGCUGCCUUUUCUGCUGCUGACACUGAGGACGAUAAGACAGAUACUGAGUUUAGUGGAAAUUCCACCGAGGAAUUGCUGGUGGUUAAUAAGCAGAGACUGCUGAACCCUGCCGAUAUCUCUGAGGACCAUCUCGCCAACUCUACCGAAAUCAGUGAAGAAAACCACGAGGGAAAUUCAGAAUCUACUAUAGACAUGCUGAAUUCUGCAGAUUUCCGUCUAGAGGUUCCUCGUUUCGACGAUGACCCACACGCUUUCUCGGUGGACUUGGAACCAGAGCAAGACUCAAGCUUGGAGUCUAUAAAGAGGAGUCGUCACAGAACCAGUGAGAUCUGCCACGAGGUGUCUCCAAAGCAGGAAAUGCUUUCUAUCUGGCAAUCGCAAAGAUCUCUGAGGAAAGUUUCACCAAAGCUGGUGGUGAUGGAGAAGCCCUCUCCCAAACCCGUUUUCCCCACGCGAAAGGUAUCACCAAGAUCUGUCAACGUUGUUCAGCAGCGAAUAGUAUCAGUGGAAACAAACAAGCAUGCAGAUACGUCUGUUGCCUCAGUACAAACAGCACCAACCAAAGCUUCUCGUGUGGUCUCGUUGGGUCAGUUCAUUGAUCUACCUGGUGACCAGGACUUUGCAGACCAAUUCAGGAGUUGGAUGGUAAACGAACUCAGUCAAGAAGAUGAUGAGGAUGAAAAAGUCAAGUUCCUUAAUGCCGAUUUCAAGUCUCCUCAUCUCAUCGAGAAGAACGGGUCUGUGGCUCGCAUAUGGAGGAAUGGCACUGUUUCAGAGAAGCAGAAUCCUUCGUACAAGUUGAGAAGCCAGAAGCUCCAAGCUGCAGUGGAGAAAAUGAUGGAGACUAAAGAUUCGGAAUUGACCUUCAAGACUGCUCAGCCCGUUGCCAAGGUUACUAACAAUGCUCAUGGAGCAUCUCACAAGGGCCAGAGCGGUGAGUUACUGAAUCUGGAUUUUGGAAUUGAAAAUAUCACCAAGGGCAUGAAUUCAUUCGAGGUGUUUGAAGACAAUUCUCCUACACCAACUCCUGUUGCUCAACGCCAGACCGUACCCGCAGGAGCGGGACAUAAUUCUGCUGCAUCUCGUUAUGCAGGUCUGGUUCCACAGGCGAGAAAGGGCCUGAGACCCUUGAUUCCUACGGAUCCAAACCGGGUAAACUCUACUAGUGGAGCAGAGUCUUACAAGUCGAGUAAAGCAAUUGUGGAGGAAGCUGUUCAGUCUGAAGUUCAGCCUGAAGAAGAGCCCCGGCUGGUAAACGGUGAGUCUGGAAGAUUGUUCGUGAGGCUGGUUGGGCUGGAAGGAUUGCAAUUGCCAGGAGUCAAGGACAGAGACGCAGAAUUUUGUGUUGUUCUCGACAACGGAAUUCACACGAUCAAGACCAAAUACUUCAAGCUGUCGCAAAGUAUUUCUACUGUAAUUGAGAAAGAGUUUGAGCUGAUAGUUGCUGAUAAGCUGGAGUUCAUCAUCACAUUGAAAAUGCGAUACUCCAAGCCAAAGGCCAAGCUCGUUGAAGUCACAGAGACAAAGACUGUCAAGUCCAAGAAUAAGUUUGCUAGAUUGUUUGGGGCCAAGGAUAUAGUCACCACUACCAAAUAUGUGAACAAAGCGGCAGAGAACGAUCCUUGGGAUAGUCUGUUUGCUGCGGAUGGCUCCUUUGCGCGUGCGACCAUGUCGUUUGACGAUUACAAAAAGGCGGCUUGGGGAAAAGUCCAGUCCACGGCGGUUCCAUUGCUGAAUGAGUGGAAACGGUAUGGUGGAAAGCGUACAGAGCCUUAUACAAUCGGCAAGCUCCAGACAGAGCUUCUGUUCAUACCGCGCACUCUUAAGCACGAGAUCUUACCGGCUAGCAUCAAAGAGGCACUUGAGUUUGUUCAACAAGCUCGUGAACAAAGCUCUAUAUCACACGAAGGAUUUAUGUUCCAGGAAGGUGGUGAUUCUCCUUACUGGAAGAGACGUUUCUUCAAGCUUCAGGGCACAGACUUGAUUGCACACCACGAAACGACAUUGAGGCCAAGGGCGAGAAUCAACCUCAAAAAGGUGGUUGCUCUGGACUAUUUUGGGAAAGAUCAGGGCUCUCAGGAUUCAUCUCUUGCCGAGUUCAGACCGCCCCAUAAAACUAUGGCUAGUCUUUCGUCGCGCAACUUCAGUGAUACCCUUUUGGUGAACGACGGCUUCAGGCUCAAGUUCUCGAACGGCGAGACAAUCGACUUUGGUGCAGAUACCAAAGAGGAGAAGAGUGAGUGGAUCCAGCUGGUGGAUGAGGUUACUGCGCGCAAUAACUUUGUCAAACAGCCUUGGAUCCAACUGAUGUUGGCUAAGGCCUAG